GGCUUGAUCAUUCCGAUCCCAGGGUCAAGUCACAUGACCAGUAUACUCAAUACAUUUUACAAGGAAGGGGGUAAAACCUGUCAAUUAUAAGAACCUGCUACGAAUACUCUGGUUGCUAUCAUCAUGGACCAAGGAAAGCCAAAGAGUGUUCUCACUGAGAUAUCCUGUAAUAAGAGCUUCAAUGGCUUGCAGAAGGUGUUUUCACACGAAAGCUCAGAAUGCGAUUGCAAGAUGACCUUCUCGGUCUUUCUUCCAAGCCAGGCUGAGAAUGGACCAUGCCCCACCCUCAUAUAUCUCUCAGGGCUGACAUGUACGGAUCAAAACGUCACAACCAAAGGUGGAUUCCAGCGCUAUGCUGCUCAGCACGGAAUGAUCGUUGUAUGUCCAGACACAAGCCCUCGUGGAUGUAACAUCGAAGGAGAGGAUGAUUCGUACGACUUUGGCUCCGGGGCUGGGUUUUAUCUCGAUGCCACCGAAGAGAAAUGGAAGAAGAAUUAUAGGAUGUACUCUUACAUUACAAAAGAGCUGAUUCAAGUGAUUGCGGAGAAUUUCCCCAUCAAUCCAGAGAAGCUUGCAAUAACUGGCCACAGCAUGGGAGGACACGGAGCUUUGACCAUUGCACUUAAGAACCCUCAUAUCUUCAAGUCUGUAUCUGCCUUUGCUCCAAUCUGUAAUCCCAUCGACUGCCCAUGGGGUCAGAAGGCCUUCAAGGGCUACCUAGGACCAGAUGUUAAUACUUGGAAGGAAUAUGAUGCAUGUGAACUUGUCCGGAGCUAUGAUGGACCACCAAGAGAGAUUCUCAUUGAUCAAGGGAAAGGUGAUAACUUCUAUACUCAAAAGCAACUUCUACCUGAGAACUUUGUAACGGCUUGUCAAGCCAGUCACACAGCAUGCAUCAUGAAUCUACGUGAGGGAUACGAUCACAGCUACUAUUUCAUCUCAACAUUCAUGGAGGAUCAUAUCAAAUUUCACAUACAACAUCUGUGAUGACGUCAACUGGUUGCCAUGGGAAAUUGGGAACGCAUCAGUUGUCAAAUAACAGUGAUGCCCCUUUUCAGACAAAAGUCUGAUUUUCGACAUAUUUUCAGCCAUUGAAAACACCUUUUUCAUGUAGGUUAGGGGUCAUUCUAGGUGAUUUUCAGAGUUUUUAAUCAAUUCUAAAUGGCGUUCCGAAAUAAAGGAAAGAGAACAAGGUUAGAUAGCUUACCGAUUCUGAAACUGGAAAUAUGUACAGUAAUUUUCUCACGAUGUCACAUGUGAAGCUUUAAGUACAUCUCUAUGAUCUGAUUGAUGAUUUCAUCAAAUCGACUGGUUUUGAGAACUGCUCCAAUCAAAACUGGAGGGCGCUGUUGCAUGAAACAGUAGUUACCCUAGCUUUCGUAGUAAUUACCAUGGUUACACUACUCAUUAGCCAAAAUCAAAAUAAAGAUUUCCACUUGUGAAGAUUAAGUAUGAUGAUACUAUGAUCUGAUUGAUUAUUUCAGCAAAAUCGACUGGUUUCGAGAACUGCUCCAAUUAAAAACUGAAGGGCCCAGUUGCACAAAAUAUUAGUUACCCCAGAUUCAAUGGUUUACACUGCUAAUCAGCCAAUCAAAAUAAGAUUUCCAUGAUAGUUAUGGUUGAAGGCAAAGUUAUCCUGGUCCGUGUAUCACCCAGGUUUAUGUAUGAACGUACAUUUUAUUCAAGCAGACUCAUAUGUGAUUUUUCUAUAUUUUCAUAUAAGGUAAUGCAAAUCACAUCAUGGGAUGUGGCUUUGUCGAAUAAGUAUAAAUAUUGUUUUUAGAUAAUGUGUGUGGUGAUUUUUUAUGCAAAAGAAAGAAAGCUGAGCGAUUUUAUAUUUAAGGGAACAAUUAUAUUUUACGAUUUUGAUCAUUGAAGAUAUUCACAUUAUAGCCCAUGGCCCAAAUCCAAAAUAGGGGUUACAUCUAUACAGAGAAAACCAAGGGUUUUCACCUAAUUAAGCAUCAAUGAAAGCACAUUGCUUGUGUGUGCAUCAGGACUAGGAUCACAUUCAAUAAAGACAGAAUGAAUCGCUCACAUACGUAUCCAGUAUUUAUCUAUAAAAAAAACAGUAUUACUAAAUUUAAAACUUUGCUUCUAUGAAGCACCUGGGGCCCGUUUCAGAAAGGACUUGCAACUGUUGUAACUUUUCCAUUAUGGCAACUACCGUGGAAACCUUGAUUGUGAUUGGCUGCUGAGCCCCGUUACCAUGGUAGUUGCCAUUAUGGCAAAGUUACAACAGUUGCAAGUCCUUUAUGAAAUGGGCCCCAGAUUGUAUCCAAUGAAGAAGCUAUGAUUUCAAAAUGCUGUUACUAAAUUCAGUUGAGUUGACAUUUUACAGAUGUUUAACUUUAUCUGCUGGAGUUUGACUUUUUACUAUGCUGGAUGAGUGUUUUGAGCUACUCCCAUACUUCAGUUCAAUGCUGAUGGCAGCAUCUCUGGGGGAUGGGCAUUAAAUAGUCUUUCGUCCAGCUUUCCGGUGUGGUCGUAACCUGUUCUUCAAAGUUAUAUUGUCUUGUAUACUUUGAUAAUGCAGUAUGGAAAAGAGAAACACAUUGAUUAAAGUUUUAAUUCAAUUUGGACAUUAUUGUGGGAUUUAUAGAUAGUUGAAAUGCGAGAUCACUAAAUCAAUUUGAUUCUUAAAUUGGCGAUUGUCAAAUAAUUGUUACAGAGUAAAGGGAACCCUCUCUCAUUUGUCAUGCCUGCAACCAUGUUCAUUUAUAUAUUUGUUUCUAGCAUGUGCCUUAGCUUUUAGCCUAGCUUAAAAUGUAUUGUGGUUAUCAUAUGAUUCUAGCUGCUCUGAAAAGGAAAUGUACUCCUCAAUCAUAAAUUUUGAGAGAGAAUUAACUUAAAAAGUAUUUUAACCCUAACUUCACCGUACAAAUUUUAGAAAUUGUCAUUUAUAAUUUCGAUUUGAGUGAAAGCAUUUUGAGAAAAAAAAUAUCACGUUCAUAUUUUUAUUUGAUUUCAUUCAAAUUUGGACCCUCCACAUUCAUUCAUUUGUUCCAUUGAAAUAGUAGAAUCUUAGACUUAACACUACACAUUGAACUCAAAUUCCUUUGCAACUGAUUUGUAAUGUACAUGUAUAUGAGUUACGGGGAUGAAUUAUCAUGUAAGUUAUGAUAAUGUUUGUGAAUCAUGAUGUUCAUUAAUUUUCCAAGAAAAUUAUAAAUAAUCAGAAACA